AUGGCCAUUAUUUCUACACUUGUGCAAAAUGCAUCUGCAACAAACCUUUUUACUAAGGCUGUUGUUGCCAUUGUCCUUUACUGGGCCUUCCACAUCUUGUCUCAAUUGAUUCUCCCCAAAAAUCCUAAGGCUGUUCCUACUGUUUUCUCUUGGGUUCCAUUCAUCGGUAGCGCCAUUGAAUUUGGAAAAGAUCCAAUUGUUUUCCUUAAGAAUUGUCAAAAGAAAUAUGGUGACGUUUUCACUUUCAAUUUGCUGCACAAGCGCGUUACUGCUUGUGUAGGUCCUGACGGAAAUCAAUUCAUAUUCAAUGCUAAGCAAAAUCUUGCCUCUGCUGCUGGAGCCUAUAAUCAUAUGACAAAACAUGUUUUCGGUAGCGAUAUCGUUUUUGAUGCUCCCCACAGCAUUUUUAUGGAGCAAAAGAGAUUUAUUAAGGCCGGUCUCAACAUCGAAAACUUCCGUAAGGUAGUUCCUUACAUCAUCGAAGAAUGUAAUAUGUUCUGGGAUAAAUAUGAUAAGAAGACCACAGUCGAUGCCUACAAAAUGUUCGGUUCUCUCAUCAUUAACACAGCUUCUCGCUCCCUUCUCGGUCCUGAAAUCCGUAAUGCUCUUGAUGAUGGUGUUGCUCAACUCUAUUAUGACUUGGAUCAAGGUUUCCGUCCUCUUAACUUUAUGUUCCCCAACUUGCCUCUUCCUGCUUACCGCAGACGUGACCAAGCUCGUGAAAAGUUGGCCAAGAUUUAUUCUGGCGUUAUUCAAAAGAGACGUGCUGAGCCUGACGUUAAAUACAACGAUCUUCUUCAAGCUCUUAUGGAUGCCACGUACAAGGAUGGUUCAAAAAUUCCUGACCAUCACAUUUGCGGUAUUCUAACCGCUGCCCUUUUUGGUGGCCAACAUACCUCUUCCACCACAUCUGCUUGGACUGUUCUUGAACUUGCUCACCGUCCCGAAGUUAUCAAGGCUCUUCGCCAAGAAAUGAUCGAAAAGCUCGGUUCUCUUCAAGCCGAAUUUACUUAUGAUAACUUGGAAGUACUUACCCUCUUGGAAUGUGUCGUUAAAGAAACCCUCCGUCUUCACCCACCCAUUUUCAAUAUGAUGCGUCGUGUUGUCGCUGAUAAGAUGAUCUAUGAUAAGACUGGUCAAGAAAUUCCCAAGGGUAACUACCUCUGUGCCGCUCCUGGUGUUACUCAAAUCGAUCCUACCUAUUUCAAUGAUCCUAUGGUUUGGGAUCCUUACCGUUGGAUUAAUAAGACUGAUCCUGUUCACAAAAUGGAAGUAGGUGAUGAUGCUAAUAUUGAUUAUGGUUUCGGUGCCGUCGGUAUCUCCUCCCGUAGUCCUUUCCUUCCAUUCGGUGCUGGUCGUCACCGUUGUAUUGGCGAGAAGUUCGGUUAUUUGCAACUCAAGGCUAUCAUUGGUACUUUUGUUAAGAAGUUCGAUUUCGAAACUGUUUCUGAGGCUGCCCCCAAGCCUGACUAUACCUCUAUGGUCGUUGUACCUUCCGACAGUAGAGUUAUACUCACUCGUAGAGAUUUGUAA